GAUUACCAAACCUGAUGUGAUCUCGCAGCUGGAAUGAGGGGAAGAGCCAUGGGUCCUGGACCUCUGGGGCUCUGAGAAAAAAGUGCUCCUGAGAGCUACCCACACAGGGAGUCACCUAUGUCUGGAUUUUCUCUGUAUUCCAUCAGAUGAUGGGAUGGUGUGUGAAAGCGAGGCAAACCCCCAGCAGGAAGAUGCUGAGCAAGUAGGAUACUAUGGGAUGUUAUCAGGAAGCUCCAAAGGGAAUGAUUCUGGGAGUUGUGCACUCCCAGAAAAAACAAAAACCUGUGAAAGUCAACAUAGGCCAGAGGAAGACUUCAGUAGCCACUCAAACCUUAUUACAUGUGAGAGCAUCCAUCUGAAAAAGACACGCUACACAUGCCAUGAGUGUGGGAAAAGCUUCAUUGGUAGUUCAGCUCUCAUCUUACAUCAGCGAAUCCACACAGGAGAGAAGCUCUACACGUGCUCUGAGUGUGGGAAAAGCUUCAAUCAGAGCUCUGCCCUGAUCACACAUCAGAUUAUCCAUGCAGAUGAGAAACCUUAUGGAUGCUCUGAGUGUGGAAAACGCUUCAAUUGGAGCUCACACCUUAUCAGUCGUAGGAGAAUCCACAGACAUGAGAAACCUUAUGGAUGCUCUGAGUGCGGUAAACGCUUCAGUGCUAGUUCAGCCCUCAUCUCACAUCAACGAAUCCGCACAGGAGAGAAGCCCUACACAUGCUGUGAGUGCGGGAAAAGCUUCACUUAGAGCUCUGCCCUGAUCACACAU